UGCUCACUAACCCUAACACUGAGAGAACCAAGAAAAACGGACUGCAUCUUCAACCUCUCGCAAUCCACCGCGACCAAAGAUCGUCUCUGUUUCAAACCAGUUCUGUUUUGAUCCUCUGCGGCUUGUUUCUCUGCUUCUGCGAGCUAGCUAUUGUUCGGAAAUCGUACGGUUCGUGUUACGAAUUGUGAUUUUAACAGAAAAGCAAUGGCAAGUGCGUUGAGUAGCAGAGUUGAAUCUGUUCGAAACUCUCCCUCAUUAAGAUUUUCUCUCAACUGCAUCAGAGCCCUUAGCUCUUCUUCUUCUGCUGCUGCUGCGGUUUCUUCUGGUGAGAACCCUAAUAAAUCAAAGCGAAGGAAGAAGAAGAACUUGUUCGAGGUGGCUCAGUUCUUACCUAACUGGGGAAUCGGCUACCACAUGGCUAAGACUCACUGGAAUGAAGUUUCUUACGAAAUCACUAAAAUCAAUCUCUACAAGGAUGGAAGACAUGGAAAAGCAUGGGGGGUUGCUUUUAAAAAUGGCUUGCCAUUAGCGGAUGCUCCCAAAAAAAUUAGUGGAGUUCACAAGCGCUGUUGGAAGUACCUACCAAAUGUAGUAAAAGCAUUAGAAAGCUCAACAGACAGUGGCUUAAAAGUUGAAACUGAAGCAGCAAGUUGAUACUUUCUAGUCAUUAUCCCAUGUCUUAGGGUUGAUUUUCAGUUGACAUAGUUGUUUUCGACUAUGGCUGCAUUUUUUAGUCCACCAUGAAACGUGCUUUGAGGGAGUAAUCUGUGGAUGGAUUUGGUUCUUACUUUAUUUGUGCCUGUCUUUGACGUAUUUUACAUCCAUACUAGUAAA